CUUUCAAAAUUUGUCUUCUGCUUGUCUUUUCAAUUAAGAUUUACGAAGGCGUGUAGGACUCGUUCGUCUUGACGGGUACAAGACAAGACAGGUAGUUUAACCAACCCGGCUUCGAGAUGAAAAUUGCGGUGCUUGAAAUUCUACUGUGUUUGAACGUGAUCUCGCACGUGGUUUUCGGCUUGGACGAUUCGCUGGUGUCAUGUUCUGGAGGCUCGUCUCUUUUAGGCUUAGAUAAAUGGAAUAGUACCGAUCUACGUUGCUGUGACCCAUCAGGCGUUUGCUAUGGUUAUGAUAUCCAAUCUGUUGCAAUUAAAGUGACCCAUUCACUGCAGAAUAUGCUAAAUGCCACACUACCCAUUCCAAGAUCUACCCAAUACAAGGGGAAUUAUAGUCCACCCAAAGAAGAAUCCCGAAUUGGUGCUAGGCAUGAAGCUGUCCAUGUUCAUUCUAGUGAAGCUGAUGAGGAAGUUGACUCUCCAGUCACCCCCUGCUGUCGGAGCAAACUUUCUGUCUUUUACCCCAUUACUGGAAUUUCUGCCACUUCAAGGAAACGCGUGGCCGUCGUUCAGAUCGAACCUUUCAAACAGCCGGUGGUCUACGAACGCUGCCAUGAAAGGAAAUGCCGCAUCUUACGUGGCAACUGCGUUCAAGUUUAUGCACCCCAACCGUUAUAUAUUCUACAAGCGGGCGAGGGUGGCGAAUUGGCUGCCAAACUCGAUUUCAUCUUGGUCGAAGCCGGCUGUCAAUGUCAGACGCGUCCCGUGGGCGAUGGAGCCCCUCUCUCCGGCACGAUGGGAGUGGACGCCAGUGUUGCCGAAGCCCUUCGUAUCAUCACAGGCUCUGACUUUGACGCAGAUUAUUUCACCAUGUUGGCCUCCAUCGAUGCAGCGUCUGCGAUUGCCGGACCCAAUCAGGCGACAAUUCGCCCUGCAGUCUCUGUUGCUACCACUACGUCCGCAGCCAAUACGGAUGCACCGAUUAUCGAUCCGCACGAACUUGGCAACCCUACUACUGUCAUCGCCAGUCCAACUGCUUCCACUCCCCUCGCCAGCUCUCGGCAGACAGAGAUGAUAACAAGCUCAUCCUCCCCCGAGUCAAGUCACGAUCUUAGCAGCGGCAAUGAGAUCACGUCUCCUUCACCUUUCGAAUGGACGACAACUACCACCGUUCUACCCCUGCCCGUACUACCCGAUCACGGCCAACCUAUCCUAAUCCUUCCUGGUCAAUUUAAUCCCUUAUUACAGUUCCUAAAAAAUUUCCAGAACAAUCAGUUUUGAUGACCAAAAAACAAAUGAAAGAGAGAGACAGUUUAUCUGAAUAAAAAGCAGAAAUUGUUUAUUUUUUUUCAACA